GCUAGCAAACCCCUGCUAUGGGUGACGCUCGUUGAUUAGAAUCGGAAGAGGGCUAUUGAUACAUAUAUAUAGAUCGAGUUAAGCUGCGGUGGGAUUGGUGAGUGAGAGUCAUGCAGUCGACGUUGGUUGGAACGACCGAAGGAGCGGUCCAGCCACAGACGGCGGAGAAAAGGAGGCGGAUGAGGGUGGUGGUGGCAGUGGAUGAGAGCGAGGUGAGCUCCUACGCGCUGAGCUGGGCGAUGGACCAUCUGCUACGGCCAUCAGUGCCGGCGGAGCUGAACCAGGAGCCGGUGUUGGUCACGCUAGUUCACGUUGUGCGUCCCUUCCACCAGUAUAUCAAUCCUGCCGGGCCAGCAAUUCAUUCAUCAACUGCAGUAUUGGAAUCUGUGAGGAAAGCUCAAGAAGAACAUGCAACUGAAGUGCUCUCUCGAGCCCUGCAAAUUUGCAGAGGAAAAAUGGCACAGCCCAUGGUGAAGACAGAAACUCUGAUAUUGGAGGGAGAGGCAAGGGACAAGAUAUGCCAAGUUACAGAGGAGAUGCACGUGGAUCUCUUGGUGGUGGGUAGCAGAGGCCUUGGCAUGAUCAAAAGGACAUUUUUAGGAAGCGUAAGCCAUUACUGUGCUUAUCAUGCUAGUUGUCCGGUUCUCAUUGUGAGGCCGCCAAAGGAAUCAAGCCAGUAGUAUGGAGCGUGGCGAGUAAACUAGUCAUCUGUGGAAUCCAAUAAAGGAAAUACGAGAAACCAAGGUUAGAGAACUCUGGAGUGGGUUCAAGAUAGUUUUGUCAAAAGCAAGUGCCUGUGAGUACUGAUAUGUAUAUAGUGAUGUUUUGUACACAUGAGUUGUAAUUACAGUUAUGAGAAGAUAUUUAUGUGAUGAUUGAUGGUAUUAGAACUCUGAUAUUGUAUCUGAGAUUUUAUGUAUAUGUUUUCACUGUUUGGAUUAUAUGAAUUAUGGACAAGUAUACCCGUCAUCUCACUUCGGGUUCGGGUCAGUAUA